AUGUCCAAUCUCACUACUUCUAUUCAAUUAACCUCCGCAUCAAAAUACAAACUUAAUAACGGACUUCACAUUCCUGUGGCAGCUUUCGGAAUCUACGCAGUUCCUCCCAAUCAGACCUAUGACCUAGUGUACGAAGCUUUAGUUCAGGGUUAUCGCCACAUUGACUCUGCGGUGUACUACCGCAACGAAGAGGAGGCGGCCUCUGCAAUUGCUGCGUUCUUGAAGGACCACCCAGAUGUGUCCAGACGUGACAUUUGGUUCACCACCAAGAUUACUAAUGAACUGCAUGGUUAUGAAUUGACCAGAAAGGAAGUUGGUGAAAUCGCCUCCAGAGUCAAAAAGCAUAUUGAGUAUGUGGAUAUGGUCUUAUUGCACUCUCCAAAGACCUCAAAGGAGAAGCGUUUAGGGUCUUGGAAAGCAUUGCAAGAGUUGGUGUGUGACCCAGGUAAUGAUCUCUUGCAGAUCCAUACUAUUGGCGUGUCCAAUUUCGGAAUUAAACAUCUUGAGGAGAUUUUUAACUGGGAUGGUCUUAUUGUGCACCCAGCUGUCGACCAAUUGGAGUUGCACCCAUGGUUGCCACAAUUGAAGUUGAGAGAAUAUUUGGUGUCGAAGGGAGUUUUGGUUGAAGCCUACUCCCCAUUAACUCAAGGGGCCAAGCUCAAUGAUCCCGAAUUAUUGGAGUUGGAAUAUAAGUACAAGAUUCCAAAGGCAGAAAUCUUGCUUAAAUGGUCUUAUCUUCAAGGCUUUAUCGUAUUGGCUAAAACUGUCCACAAGGACAGAAUCAAGCAGAACUUCGAUGUAUUGCCUACCCCCGUGGCUUCUGAUAACGUCUUGGAUGACGAUGUUCAUCUGGGUAAAGUCGAUUUAGACAUUAACAUUUUGCACGCUUUGGACAAGCCAGAUUCUCAUGAAGUGAUUACUUGGGGACAUCAGGACCCUACUUUAUAUGAAGACGAGUAG